AUGCCUCCUCUAACCCCCGCGACGACCAUCGAUCCACCCAAGCCCUUGCUCAAGUUCCGCAUAGACGACCUUUCUCACAAAGGCGUGAGCAUUUUUCUCAACGCUGUUGAUCCGGGACAGGUCCUCUCCCAGGCUUUGGCGGCUAGCUUCAGAUGGCUCUAUACGCCUGAAACGGCGCUUCCAGAGUACGGAAUCCUCCUCUUGCAUUUGUGCGACGAUCUGACGCGUAAUAGUGUAAAAGAAGUCACGUUGGUGCUGUGCACAUCGGGUACAAUCGCAAGGACAUCAUUUACAGUCAAGGAUGGAGGAGUGUACAUUGAAUCUCUGCUUUCCCUCUCGUAUAUCGUGCAUAGCGAGGACCGCGUCGAGGAUGAGAUAACGGGCCUGUUGAUUCAUGAAAUCGCACAUUGUUUGCUGCGUCUGCACUCAAAGAGUAAAUGUCCCUCGGGAGUCCUGGUGGGCAUAGCUGACUAUGUGAGAUUGAGAGAAUAUUACGGGCCGCCGCAUUGGACCCAGAACACGAAAGGGUCAUGGAACGAUGGUUUUGACAAGACAGCCUACUUUCUCGACUGGAUAGAAAAGAAGCGCUGUGAAGGAACCGUUCGCAAGCUCGUUGCCGCCCUCAAAGCAGAGUACAGCGACGACCUAUUUGCACAGAUCACGGGCGUCUCUGUGUCUGAUCUCUGGAAGCAAUACGUCGAACACGUGGAAUCGAAUCAUCAGGACGAGGUUCAUGCUGAGGAAGAGCAGGAGUCUGCUAAUCCGUUGGCGGCGUGGCCUAUGCCGAAGUUGAACAUCCGAGUCGAGGAUCUGGAUCAUGAAGGAGUGGACAUCUUUUUCGGCGCCGUCAAGCCCAAGGAGGCAUUAAAGACGUCUGUCCUCGCGAGCUUCAACCAGCUGUACACGCUAAGCAAUGUGCCUACCAACGUUAAAGAAAUUCUUCUCGUGCUUCGUGAUAUGGGUGGAGUGGCAUAUACGAUUGGCAGCGCUUCGCACAAGGAGAUCCACUUUUCUUUGAACUAUAUUAAAGCUACCAAGCACCGUGCCAGCGAGGAAAUUCUAGGUGUGCUCGUACACGAAGUCGUGCACUGCUACCAGUACAACGCACGCGGGACAUGUCCCGGAGGGCUAAUCGAAGGAAUCGCCGACUUUGUCCGGCUGCACGAAUCGCUCGGUCCACCGCACUGGCGAAGAUCGACAGGCGGCAAUUGGGACGACGGAUACGAUACUACAGCGUAUUUCCUCGACUGGAUCGAACAGUCCUUUGGAAAAGGCACGAUACAGAAGCUCAACUACCGCAUGAAACGCGCUCGGUACGAUCAUGGCUUGUUCAAAGAACUUACUGGACGCGAGAUCGAUGAGCUGUGGGCUAAUUAUGUGUCGUCUUUGGCUGGCGGCGACGAUGCGAAAGACCGGUGA